UUUAUGCUUUCCGGUGGUUUAUAGAGAAAUAUCAGUGAAAUAAAAGUGGUAUUUCACUGUUUCAAACAGUGAAACAUAACAGUGAAAAAUAUCGUUAUUUUUCACUGUUUCAGUUAGAUACUGGAACUACUUCCCCAAUAACCCCAUGGUGAGCCUCAAUUGCAAUUUUCAUUCAAGGGAGACUAGUCUACUUGAACCUGAAACACACAUUUACCUCCCUUAAACAUAAUUAUUUCGUCUGCUGCUUAACUCUUUAACAACAAUGGAUGAAUUGGAAAACAAUGAAAUAAAUCUUCUUUUCUCAAAUAUCUUUGACUUUGAUGACUUUUUUAAUGAAAUGAAUGAACAAGAUGAUGACAGCGCUUCAAAAUCACAAGAAAUAACAUCAGCAGCACCAACAGCAGGAGCAGCAACAUCAGCCCCACCACCACUGGUAACAACACCAACAAGGAAUUUCAGAUCUGUAAGUGUGGAUAGCUUUCUGCUUGAAAACGAAAAUUUAAAUACAAAAAAGUAAACCGACAAUGACAUCAGACUUUUCAAAACUUUCCUAAAAAGUCACAAAAAUGAGGCAAGAAAUAUUGAAAAUAUACCUCCUCAUGAAUUGAACCCUCUGGUCUGCGAGUUUUUGUUGGGUGUGACUAAAAAAGAUGGAUCAGAGUAUGAACCCACAUCUUUGAGGGCAUUUUUAAGCUCAAUCGACAGGCAUUUAAGGCACAUGAACUACAAGCACUCUUUGAUAAAUGACCCUAAAUUUGCCAAAGUGAGGGAAGUAUUAAAAAGUAAACAAAAAGCUCUGAAAAAAGAAGGUUAUGGAAAUAAACCGCAUCAAGCCCAGGCAUUAACAAAUGAACAUAUUGAAGCUUUGUACGCAGCUAAAACUCUGGGAGAAUCAAGCCCAAGAGCUCUAUUACACUCACUGUGGCUUAUAUGUACAACCCAUUUUGGGAUGAGAACCGGCAAGGAAAUUCACACCCUAUGCUGGGGUGAUGUCAGCCUUGGAAUCGAUUUUGAAACUGGUGAAGAAUUCAUCACCUUCGACACUGAGCGUCAGACAAAAACACGUACUGGUGAAAAUCCUAGGGAUAUAAGGAAAGUCAAGCCACGGGCAUAUGCAGUUCCCGAACAACCUGACAGAGAUCCGGUGCAUCUCUACAAGCUAUAUGCCGACAAACGCCCUGUUGACAUGAUGACACAAGACAGCCCCUUCUUCUUAACUCCUGGCAACAUGACACAGCAAUGCUGGUUCAGGAAGUCUGCCAUGGGAAUAAACAAGCUAUACAGCAUAAUGACCGAGAUGAAAACAGAUGCUGGUAUUCAAGAGCCAAGAAUCACCCCAUACAGUGCAAGAAAGCACUUGAUUCAGAAGCUGAAUGACGAGAAUGUUCCUGCUCAUCAAAUAAUACAGAUUUCAGGGCACAGAAAUAUUAACAGCUUAAAUAAUUACAGCAGUUUGAACAAGGAACAGUCAAAAAAUAUUUCAAAAAUACUUUCUCAUUCAAACCAGUCAGUUGAAAAGCACAACCGCACAGCCACUGCCACUGCGUCAGCCACACCUGCAUCAAGUGAUUUUCCGAUGGCCCGAGGAUUUUUUGUCAACUCACAUUUCCAGGGCAAUGUAACAUUUAAUUUUCACAACUCUGAAUCUUACAUGGGCCUUUCCCAGACACAGAACGUAGUCAAUCACCAGAGGCAAUCUCCAUCCCGUACACCGGCGGUAACCGCAGAUUCCCCUGUACAGCGACACUACAAGCGAAUCCGUCUUAUUGCAGAGAGUGACAGUGAUUGAUAUCGAAACCAUUUAGCACAAAAACACUGUUGAAAUAUGUUUGCGUUCCUAGUUUAAUCCAGUUAUGUGUUAUUAAUGCAGCAAGUCGUAAAAGUGUUGUUCAACAUGGCGAGCACUUUCGUAACUUUGAGAUCAGUUGAAUACACAAAUUACUACGCCAGUAUAUGCAACACUAUUAAUUUCAUAAUAAUUUAAAUUAAACUAUUGUUUGUAAUAAUAUUGAAUGUAUAAAGUAUGAAAAAGAUAUAUGUUGAAUAAAACAUUGAUUUUAA